AUGACCGGAAAGAUGCAGCUUGCUUGCACGAACGAAACAGCUAUAAACAGUUCCUUGUUCCCAUUAACAAAACAUCCCCUUUUUCUUCGCUCUUCCGGAACCGGUACAGAAAUUGGUGCUUUUUCUACUUUGUUUACCUUAGUGACUGGGGGGUUUCGGGGAAAGCCUAUGUGGGGUACCUUUCGGGUGUGGGAUGCUCGUUUAACUUCUGUAUUCAUCUUGUUCCUUAUUUACCUGGGUGCACUGCGUUUUCAAAAGCUUCCUGUCGAACCGGCUCCUAUUUCAAUCCGUGCUGGACCGAUCGAUAUACCAAUAAUAAAGUCUCCAGUCAACUGGUGGAAUACAUCGCAUCAACCUGGGAGCAUUAGCCGAUCUGGUACAUCAAUACAUGUUCCUAUGCCCAUUCCAAUCUUGUCUAACUUUGCUAACUUCCCCUUCUCCACCCGUAUCUUGUUCGUUCUGGAAACACGUCUUCCUAUUCCAUCUUUUCCCGAAUCUCCCUUAACGGAAGAAAUAGAAGCUCGAGAAGGAAUACAAAAAAAACCUAGAAAACUCGCUGAGAUUGACGAUUCUCUCUGUGUUGCAUCCAUGGCGCUUAAUGGUUACAACAUUGGCUGGCAAAUUGGGGAAUACGGCUUUGAGUCGGGGCACCCCGCCCCGGUAGGUGGUGGGAUAAGAGAUGGAGACUAG